UCUGGUUGGGCUUUUAUUUUGACACGCCAUAUGGGUAGUUGCCUUGACAACGCAUCGGAAAUUAGCGCGGGAACGUGAUUAUUCAUUGACGCAAAGUCAUGGUAAAUAAACAUGGCGGAUGUUUUAUCGUUGAAAGAAUCAGUUGUGGUCUACUUAGACAGAAGUGGCGGAUUUAAGAGACUAGCGGACGACUGCAAACAUCUAAAUGACCCACAGCGGACCGAAGCAGUCUACAAAUUCUCCAUCCGCGUCAAUCCCUCUGAUUUGAUGGAAAUAGACCCCCUGCUGGGGGAUUUAGUUCUGCACAACCCCCUUAAGGCAACUUGUCUUUUUCAAACUGUUUGCUUUCUGGCCAUAAAAACACUUUCACUUACUGAAAAAGUAGACACGGAGAGCCAGGUGAAUGUCACUCUGAACUUCACACACCUUCCUCCUUUCCCUGAGUACAUGUUGGACCUUAGUAGAUUUCCUCGAGUGUACGGCCCCAUGAGGCCUGUUUGCAUGGAAGGCUUUGUAAUUGCCAUGACGAGGGUCACAAAGUACACACAGGGGGCAAGGUUCCUCUGUGUUAAUGAUGACUGCCCUUGCUCCACAGGGUUCCACCACAUUCGAGUACACACACCAGGAGCAACCGAGUCUGCCACUGUGAGAAAUGAUUUUACAUGCGUGAUCUGCAGCUCCCAGCUGAAAGAAGAUGUGAAGUUCAGAGUUUUGGGAGAUAAACAGCUGGUGGAGCUGAUUCAUGCUAAAGCACUGGAGGCUCUAAAAGGGAACCAGCAAAGCCCGCUCAGAUACCAAUCUGUUACUGUGUUUCUCAGAGAUGAGUUGUGCAACUCCAUGAGAAUUGGCCGGCUCUACUCAGUGCUAGGCAUCCCCGCCCUUGUGCACCAAUGGCCCACCAUCACCUGGAACAUAGAAGCCAAUAACAUCCAACAGUCUGAGCCAAAGAGCUGCUGCAAACUCCCCACCAAAUUCCUGGAGCUGCUGAAUGCCACGGCCUCCUCUCCAUGGAGGUUUUCUGCCAUCGCAGCUCACUGCUUUGGGUUGGAGGUGGCUCCUCCAGGAUUGUUCAACACUGUUAAAUUAAUCUUGCUGCUCAGUUUAGCCCAAACUAAAACAAAUGCAAAUGACACAUUUCAGUACCUGGACCUCCUUGUUGUCACAAAUGACCCACUCAUACUGGACAGACUCAUGGCGCACAGCUUGAGGUUGGCGUGCCACGGGGUCAGACAUCAGGCCUCAGGGGAGAUGUUUGCAUCUCUGUCUCGGGAUGAGCACGGAGCAGGUGCUGCCAACAUCCACGCCGGCUCCGCCUUAUUGGCCACUGGGGGCAUUUGCAUGUUGGGAGACAUCAGCUGCUACAAGAAGGACAAACUAGAUCACAUUCAGUCAGUUCUGGAAAGCCACACAGCUUCUGUGUUCAUCCCUGGUAAGAAGUUUGGUGAGGAUGCUGACCAGCUGCUGUCUUUGCCAGUGCAGUGCAGCUUCUGGGCCUUCACAGACUCCUCUCAGAGGUCUGGGAAACUGGACUCUUCUGCGCUGGGAACCGUAGAAACGGGUCCUUUGCCACUUCAGUUUUCUGAGGCCUUUGGCCUCGUCGUCGAGUGCAGGGAAAGGGUAGGUCAGCAGGCUCAGCUAGCCCAGACUCUGCACACCCUCCAGCAAGCAGUCCAUCCUGGAAUCCUGAACUAUCCGCUCUGCUGGGAGUUUUCUACCCAAGAUUACACAGAGUUGGUAUCUUAUGCUCGGGAUUUGCAAGUAGAACUCCUCCCUGCAGCAAAGACGUUGAUCCACGGUUACUACAUGGCAAGCCGUAGAGCUCGCACACAGAGUCAAGGUGUCAAGAUAUCUUUGUCUUCCAUCAAACUGCUGAUCUCACUGGCCGAGGCUCACUGCAAGUUAAGCCUCAGGACUAAAGUGCUGGAGGAGGACGCUGUGAUUGCUGUCCUGCUUUGUGAAAACGCUGUCACCCUAAAGCAUGGUGCCUCCACACUCUUUCUUCCGCCUGAACCCACGUUUCCCAGUGAUGUGGGGGAAGCGGAUGGCUUGCACAAAAGAGACAUGAUGCUGGAUGAGCUCCACCAAAGUAUACUGCGUUUCACCUACACUUAUGCUCCUGGAGCCGACACGUACAUCACAGAAGAGUAGGACAUUCAAGAAGGCUCAAAAGUUAAGAGUUCGAGUCAAAUGGGCAAUAUAGGUGGUGGCUAGUAUCAACACGUCGAGUUUGGACAGCUUGGUAUCCGGGGGCACGGAAGGCAACGUCCUUUGGAGUUCCAGGAAGGCGGUCCUCAGGGUUUGCACCCGACUCCUCUCCCGGGCUGCGUUUGCAGCUGCCGGGCGUCCUCUGCCGCCGAGCCCGCCGCUCUGGAGCCCUCUGGCCCGGUGGAGUUCGCGACGGCGACCGUCCGGACUGGGACUGGAGCUGGGACUGGAAGCUGGGCUGUCAUCCACCACCGCAUUGGAGCAAUUUCCGCUGUCCAUUCGGAGCGUCUGACCUCCAAGCAUGCAGCAGGCGCUUAUAGAUCUGGAGAUUUAGGACAGACCUUAACUUAUUGUUCUGAAAACGAAUUCGAGUUGUAGAAAAGCAUAUUUUAAAGUUCUUGCUGUAUGUCACUGUUCUAUAUUUAUUAAACAUUUAACUUAUUUCAA